AUGCCCUCUCACACCAACCUCAUAAUCGCCGUAUCCUUCGGUCUCUUCGUGCCCCCGCGUCUCCUCCGCGCAGCUCAAUAUGGAGGUCUAAACGUCCACCCGUCUCUUCUACCUGACCUACGCGGACCCGCCCCCCUACAACACGCCUUGCUCGCCGGCCACACACACACCGGCAUCAGCCUACAGACACUCGACGACCGAGCCUUCGACCACGGCUUAAUUCUCGCGCGCACGCCGCCCCUGCCGAUCCCGCCUGAUACUAACUACGCUUUUACUCGGUUACGCAACGCCCAUCGCCGCGGAGUUAUUGGUGCAGGGGUUGAGGGACGGGGUACAUGUCCCGCCGCUAGAGGAGGAGGCGGCGGCGGCGGACCACGGCCAUAG